AUGAAAGUAUUUAUACAAAAGGCGCACAAACCAUCUAUCUAUCUAUCUAUCUAUCUAUCUAUCUUUUUCACCAUUUUUUUUUUUUUCUCUCUCUCUCUCUCUCUCUCUCUCUCUCUCGCUCUCUCUCUCUCUCUCUCUUGCAAUCUUGCUCACUCACUCACACACGCUUUAGGUGCUGUGACAAUAUGGAAGCCAACUGUGACUCCUCUAUCUGAAUUGCGUCCUUCAGAAUUGAAACCCAUUAUUUCAGCCACAGGGGAAGAAAUUAUUGCAGUUCAGAAAACAUCCUUAGCUAAAGAAAAACCUGAUGACAUCUGCACAAUUGGUAGCAGCCACAAUCGAUCUGCCAGACCAUUUGGAGCUGCAUCUGGUCCUCAGGAUUCUGGACCUUCUGUGAUCCAUGCUCAGUUCAACAGCCCAAUUGGAAUGUAUUCAGCUGAAAACCUUGCUGAGACCUAUUCAGAGCAAGCAUCAUCUUUACGAGAAAACAUGGCAAAUAUGAACGUCAGCGGCCAAGCUGGUAGACCUCAGCCGAUGAUUCCUGCCUCAGCUCCAGGUGAGAACUCUCAAGCAAGCAAUGUAUCAAGUGAUGAAGUUUUGCCGCAUGAUGGGCACGCUACCACUUUUGGGAGGCUGGAAGAUGAGCUUAAUAAGAAGGAAGUUGACAGUAUGUACACUAACUGCACAUUGUAA